UUUUAUUUUAUUUAAUAACAUAACUUGAUUAAUAUAAAGUAAAUUUUUCUACCCGCGAAGUUCGCGGGUGAUAACCUAGUACCUGUAUAUACACAUUACACACAUAACUACAAAAUUAAACCAACAAUUUAUGACCAUCCAUACAUCUAAGGUCAAAUCUUUUGUCUCGCAAGUAACACAACUUAGGAACACCAUUCAUCAAAUCCCCAACAAAAUGUCAAACAAUGCCGCCGGUGAACCACCGAUCCCGGACCUCCAAUUCUCCGACUUCCCGGAAGACGUACAACUCUGCAUCCUCUCCUUCCUCACCCCUCCGGAAAUCUCCUCAUUCGCCUGCACAUCCAAACGCUUCUUAACCCUCUGCCGGACCGACUCCAAGCUCUGGUUCUCCCUCUGCGACCGCCGCUGGGGAUCCAAGACCCAGAUCGCCAAAUGGGGCUCCGGUUUGAUCUCGUUCAAGCACCUGUACAGGACCCUUCAGGAGUACGAAAAUCUAAUCGGGUUCUGGCGAUUGAGCAGCAGCCCGAGAACCCAGAUUAAUAGCCCCAAUUCGAUUCCGAACAAACCGCCGGCGUUGGUGUUUUUAGAGUGGGGCCAAUCCUUUAUUACCGGUUCUAGGGUUUUGCCUUCGGAGAAUGGUGGGUAUGAUGUGGUAAAGUUGCCGUUUCUAUGGAUGGGUAUUUCGCCAAAAGGGGAGAUUGUUAAUUUUCUUCAACCGAAUUCAGGUUUGAAGUUGGAUUCGAAUUCGAUUAAAUUGUGUGAAAUGGGUUCGGGUUCGGGUGAAUUGGUGUGUGUGGAUGUUAAUUGUAUGGGGGAUUGUCAUAUUGUGAUUGAGGAACGUGUGGGUUUUGGUGGGUUGAGGAAUAAUGGGAAUGGGAAUGGGGUGAGUGAGGAUUUGAUUGGAUCGGGAUCUCCGCCGGAUAGGUUGACAUCGGAGAUGUAUCAAUAUUUUGCGAAUAGGACGAGUCCUGGGGGAGAACGGGCGUGGAGGAGGCAGAGGAGGAGGGAGAGAGAGAAGCAGGGGAAUAAGAAAUGGGAGUCUGAGCAUUUUGUUAAGAUUGUGAAUUAUUGUCCUACGAGUUCGAGGCCGUUGCAGGGUCUUUGGAAGGGUAUUUGUGAAGACACAAAUUUGGACUUUUAUCUCGUGGCAUAUGAUGACAUUGGUGGUAUAGCCUGUAGAAGAAUCGGGGAUUCCUGCAAACCUUUCUCCAGUUACGCACCUGUGUUUUGGACUUCCAACACUACAUUUAUCGAAUCUCCAUUUUCCUCUGAAGAAGAACACAUCUACGAAACGCGUGAACAUCUUCUUCCACCUGGAGACAUACUAUGUUCAGAAAUGGAAUCUGUGUCACGCAUUCUUUACAUAAAUUCAAGCUACGAUCUAGUGCUUCCAGGACUAGCGGGCCCCACUUCCGUGAACCCUCAUCAAGUGGAGGGAAGGAUUUGGGAGUAUGGUGAUGGAACAUUUGGGUUCGGGUUUCUUCGUGAUAAUCAUAUUAUAGACCUGAAGCAUAUUGCAAUGGAUGGGUGUCUGUUAGACGCAAUUCAACCAUUGUAAUGUUUGAUAAUCCUUGCCGAUGCAAGGAUUGAUGAUUGAUAGUCUAGAUUGACAAGUUAAAAUUUCUUUAAUGAUCUGUUCAAUUUCAGGAUCUUUGCACAUUCUGUAUUUGUUGUUCAUGUUUAUGCAUAAUUGUGUAUUAUACUUUGUAAAUGCUGUUAUUGGAUUAUUUUCUGUUUUCUAAGCACAA